GCAUUUUUUAAUUUAAUAAAUUUAGUUUAAUUUAUUUAUUAUAUGUCUUUAAAUGAUAUAUUUUCUAGAAUCGCUUUUGACACAUUUUUCUGACAGAAGAAAGAUUUGAUUGGUAUUUCAAACAUUUGAAUCGCUCUUUCUAACUAAGAAAAUAAAAGUAUUCUGUUUUUGUCAUAACAAAUUUUAUAUGAAAAUGUAAUUUGUUUAAAAACAGUUGAUUGUGAGUUUUAUAAUGAAGUUGCUGAUCUAUAAUGACAGCUAACUGCAACUAACGAAAAGUGAUACAUACGCGAUAACUGUCAAAUAUAAUGAGUAAAAUGUUCUUAUUGAUUAAAUGGAAAAAUCACCAUAGCCGGACAGUUUUAGAAGAAACGCCGGAAAUGAAAGAUAAAGAAGUCGGUGAUAGUGUCGUGGUCAGUUAUGGGAGAAAAAAAUUUGAAGGAAACAUCAUUAUACGAAGUGAGAACAAAGUCUACUUAGAUUCCUUGGAUGUGGAUGAAAAUGGUUACAUCAUAAAAAAAAGUCAAAAGUCGAAAAUUACAAGAAGAAAACGGAGCGACAUUAAAAACGAAGAAAAUAAAAUAAAAGCAGCUAAAACAAAAUCGAGGGAUAAUAUAGUGUCAAAAAUUAAAAACUUGCCUGCUAUUUUUGAGGAAAAUUCAGCCAAUAACGAAGAAUCACCAUCUGGAUCUGGAGAGAAAAAUUCUCAGCCAUUCAAGCCGAAAAUAGAUUCUUCGCAAAUCUCGAAUCUCGAAUUAAACGAUAAGGAAGAGUCAUCGUCUGGUUCUGGAGAAAAAAAUUCUCAGCCAUUCCAACCGAAAAUAGAUUCUUUGCGAAUUUCGAAUCUCGAAUUAAACGAUAAGGAAGAGUCAUCGUCUGGUUCUGGAGAAAAAAAUUCUCAGCCAUUCCAACCGAAAAUAGAUUCUUUGCGAAUUUCGAAUCUCGAAUUAACUGACAACGAAAAAUCGAAAUCUAAUUCAAGAGAGAAAAAUUCCGAGCCUGCUCAAAAUCAUCACGAAUCAAUUCACGUAAAAUCUUCGAAUAUAAUGAAUGAACAUAAAGAUCCAGAAGAUGAAGAAGAAUUAGUAAACAAGACAAACAAAUUAUUGAGGACAAAAAUGCGGAAUUCAACAGAAAAAAUGUUUCAAAAGCAGUUUUCAAAAUUAAUUGAAAAAGACAAAGUAGAGAAACCAACGAAAUCGUUAAUUAAAAAGGGAAAUAACAAAUUAAAAAUAACAAAAACAGAAGUUAUUUCGCAGAAAAUUUCAAUCUUACCAUCACAUUCUGAAGAAAUGGUAAUCGAAGCAGAUGUUGACAAAUUUGGACCCAUGUUAAAAACUGAAGGUAUUCGAAAAAGAUCUUUAAGUGAAAAAGAUCAUGAUCAAGAUUCAGCGAAGAAGAUUAGAGUUGAUAUGAGCGGAACAACUUCAUCAGCUAUUUCUGGUACACUCAUAAAAAUAAUAAUUUUGAAAGUCAAUAAAUUAAAAUUUAAAUAUUCUUCAAUUGUUUCGUUAAAUUGUUAAUUGAAGAAUCUCUUGUUCUUCUUUUCUUACAAAUUCUCAUAUUGUACAAUAGAGGAUUCCAAUUCUUUUAUUUUGACCUUUUCACUGUAAAAACUUGUUCUCAAAGUGAGUAUGAAAUUCAUACUCAAUUUGAUACGCAUCAAAAACGAGUAUGGUAGAUGGCGCCACGUUCUAUGUCAUUUAACAUAGACUCGUUUUGAGUUGCAAUAAAAAUGAGUCCAAGUUUUUUCUGUGUUAUAUACUACUUUACUACUACUACUUUACCACCUUAAUUAUUUUAUU